AUGCUUUCUGUGAGAGGACGGAGAGUUUUUACCAAAGCAAAACAAUUGACUUUACGCAGGUAUGCUCAAGUGGCCUUAACGGAGGAAAAUGAGUAUACCGAAACCCCAAACUAUCCUCAAAUUCAAGACAUGUCUUUACAAGCAAGAAAAUUGCGAAAAAGACAAGCAGUAUAUGAAAAAAUUAAAAAGAUUAACACAGUUGAAGAAAAGCAAAUUGCUCUAAAUAUGCCUCGUUAUUAUGGAUGGCCAUGUAUUAUGUUAGGAGAUGAUCGUUUCCCAUACAGUGCUAUGCCUCUUGUCCAGUUUUAUACAAGAACUCAUUUUAAACCGAUUGAAACACUUCCUACCUCAUACAGUGAGACUUCAGAAUUAGCAAACUCAAUUGUUAAUGAAAUCAAAUCUCAUGUUGAAGACUGUAUUGUUAUGGAAAAUGACAGUAUUAGGAGGAGUGAUGAUUGCCAGUUGGAAGAGUCACAAAAGGAAGAUAAUCUAGCAAAAAAUAUUGUAAGACAAAUAAACAGGAUUAUAACUAACAAUGCUGCAGAUAAAGUGCCUCACAUUUUACCAUCACAGAUUGAUUAUGAUCCAAGACAUGAAGCAUUUUGGUUUAUGGGAGGUUCUAAUGUUCCAGAUAAUGUUGUGAAUUGGAGAAAACAAUAUGCUCCCCUAAAGGAUCGAUUGUAUGAACCAAUUGACCGGCCAGUACAAUAUAAAGGAACACCAUUUUUAACAGUUAGAAAUCACCUUCCAUUGAAGCCAUUUGUUCCAUACAGUGAGGCAACAAACCCUGAAUUUAAAGUUGAAAAGUUUUCUUACUUACCUGAGAGUGUUGGUUAUACUGUAGAGUUUAGGCAUGGAACAAACAUACCAGGAUUUUGGCCAGGUGAUCUAGAUGAAUUUGGACUACUCUCAUUUCAUGGUAGAGGACACAUUUUAAAUCGAAAGGAAUCAUAUGGACCACAGGAUAAUUUAGAGGCCUUACAUUGCCAAGCUAUGGUAGCCAGUUUCGGUUGGUUAUUAGCUCAGGCUAACUACCAAGGAUUUACAACAUACAAUGACAUAACAUAUCCAUUAUCCACUCAAACAGUUAUUACCAAUGGACACUUAAUAUCACUCUAUGCAUACCAACUAAAUACAAUUACCAUGAAUAUUGAUAUGAUUGACAAUAACUUGAAACACAACAUUUGUUUUGGUACUGCACCAAUGAAAUUAUUUGAAACUAUUGAAAAUAGUCAAGUAAAAGGGCUUAACCUAGAUGUUUUAAAAAUGCUAGUUCAGUUUUAUCUAAAUAUGCCAGAAGCUCGUGAACAUGAAAUGAAACCUUAUCUUGGUAAGGAUAAACAGGUUGUAGCUGAUAUAGAAGAUGAUAAUAGACGUUGUUGGCUUGAGGAUAGAUAUAAACAUUUAGUAUCUAAUCGUCCCAAACAUAAUUUGCUACCAGAAGUAUAUCUUUGGGAAAAUAUUUACAAAAUUAAACACAAAACCCGUUUCUUUGAAGCUAAAAGAAGGCCAUUUGAAUUAGGUGUUAAUCCAUACAAACGCAGAUUAGAUGAACAUCUGCCUCCAUAUAUACCCAAAGUUUUGAGGCCAUAUCCAAAAGCUAGGAAGAAGUUUGAAACCACAUACUAUCCUGAAGUGUGA